GCGGCCCUCGCCCCUGCAUAAAGCUGGCGGGGCCGGGCGCUGCCCCGAGCUGCCCGGCCAUGCACCCCGCACCGCGCCGCGGAGCGUCCCUGGAGGCGGCGCCGAGCCCGCGGGACCCCGGCUGGCAGUUAAAUAAGUCAGCUUACAUGAUGAUUGAAGAUAACAAAGAGAAUGAAGACCAUGCAUCUGAAAGAGGAAGAACAGCCAUCAUUUUUUCCUUGAAGAAUGAAGUUGGAGGACUUGUAAAAGCAUUAAAACUCUUUCAGGAGAAGCAUGUAAAUCUGGUACACAUUGAGUCACGGAAGUCCAAGAGACGAAAUUCUGAGUUUGAGAUCUUCGUGGACUGUGACAGUAACAGGGAACAACUGAAUGAGAUUUUCCAGCUCCUGAAAUCCCACGUCAACAUCGUUUCUGUGAGCCCAACAGAGCAUUUCAAUGUCCAGGAAGAUGGCAUGGAGAACAUUCCCUGGUUUCCGAAGAAGAUCUCAGAUUUGGAUAAGUGUGCAAACCGGGUGCUGAUGUACGGGUCUGACUUGGAUGCCGACCAUCCUGGUUUCAAGGACAACGUUUAUCGCAAGAGGCGAAAGUAUUUUGCAGACCUGGCUAUGAACUACAAACAUGGUGACCCAAUCCCCAAGAUUGAAUUCACUGAGGAGGAGAUCAAGACUUGGGGGAUUGUGUACCGAGAGCUUAACAAUCUUUACCCAACUUAUGCCUGCAGAGAGUACCUUAAAAACCUGCCCUUGCUCACCAAACACUGUGGGUACAGGGAAGACAAUAUCCCCCAGCUGGAAGAUGUGUCCCGCUUCCUGAAAGAGCGCACAGGCUUCACCAUUCGCCCCGUGGCUGGAUAUCUGUCACCCAGAGACUUCUUGGCAGGAUUAGCAUUCCGAGUUUUUCACUGCACUCAAUAUGUCCGGCACAGCUCGGACCCUCUCUAUACACCAGAGCCUGAUACCUGCCAUGAGCUCCUAGGCCACGUCCCUCUUUUGGCUGAACCCAGUUUUGCUCAGUUCUCCCAGGAAAUUGGUCUUGCAUCACUUGGGGCAUCAGAUGAGGCUGUCCAAAAACUGGCAACAUGCUACUUCUUCACGGUAGAGUUUGGCUUGUGCAAGCAAGAGGGGCAGCUACGAGUUUAUGGGGCUGGCUUGCUCUCUUCCAUUAGUGAGCUCAAGCACUCACUCUCUGACAGUGCCAAAGUCAAACCUUUUGAUCCAAAGGUCACCUGCAAGCAAGAAUGUAUCAUUACAACUUUCCAGGAGGUUUACUUUGUUUCUGAAAGUUUUGAAGAAGCAAAGGAAAAGAUGAGAGAGUUUGCAAAAACCAUCAAGCGCCCUUUUGGGGUGAAGUACAAUCCCUACACUCAGAGUGUGCAGGUCCUGAAAGACACGAAGAGCAUCGCCAGCGUGGUGAACGAGCUGCGCCAUGAGCUGGACAUUGUCAGCGAUGCCCUCAGCAAGAUGGGCAAGCAGCUGGAAGUUUAACACCCUGCCAGCACUGGGCUGCAAGCCAGUUCUUCCCUUUCCCCACUGAUUUAUUUUUCCAGGCAUAUGAUGUGUUGCAUGCAGAACUCACUCCUUUACACAUGGAAGAGUGAACGGCCCAUAAGAAUACAACAAUUUUAUCUGGUUGCUCUCUGUAAAUUUCCUCACAUAAAUGCAUUCCUCCAUCCCCCUUAGGUAAAAAAGGUCCAGAGUUGCCUUUUAGAAGCUUGUAGGGGGAUGGAGAAACUGUUAGACGGGAGAAAAAGUGGUCUGUGGAUCAGGGCUGGGAACAGGUGCUGCAGGAGGUGGCUUAUGAGGCGAAAAAGGAGUAAUUCACCCUAGGGAGAAUUCAAUUUUUGACUCCAGCAGUCUAUGCUACUGAUUGUAGAGUGCUGAAGACUUGACAGCAUAGAAGCUGUGGUAAUUCAUUGUUUCAAAGUCUGUGCUACUUAGUUUGAGACUUGAAUGAUUAUAAUGCAGGCAUCAGGACACAAAUAGCUGGAGGUUCAACAUGAUAAAAGGAAGGGGUCAAAUCUUGCUUUCAAAGGGAUUACUCUUGCCACAAAGAGUUGCAAAUGUGAUGUUUGGCAUGCUUUUUGUAUAAGGCAGAGAUACAGCUGUUGCAUGAAAUCCUAAUUAUGUUUAUUUUAAGCUAUUUGCUAUUGGCUAAGAGCCAGGGUUUUUGUUGCUGUCCUUGCUAUUGCACCUGAGGGAAGACCUUUCCUUACAGAGAUAGCAUUUGCCUUUUUCCUGAUUGAAUUAAUUUAGCAAAAAAUACAGCAAGCCAUCAAGCAUUGACUUAGCAUGAAGCCCAAAACCAUUUCCAAACUGCAACUUUGUAUUCAAAAUAGCUUAAUUAGCUCUAAAAUAACAUCAAAGUUUAAAAUAACACCCAAAGCUCAUAGACCAGUGUGCUUUAUGCAAAAAUAAACAUCCUGUUGAUUGCUCAGUCACUUUUUCGACCUGUACAAGCUGCACAAAUAUACAUUUAGUUUCUUCUUUACCUGACCUGAACACCUUCAUUCCCUGUUUAUCAAACUAUAAUUUAAACACCCAAGCAUUUCAUAGGAAUUCUGUGGCUACAAAAGCAACAAACUACCUUGUAGUGUAAAGUGUACCUGAUCCCAAAAAGCACUUUAGAAACGUAGGCAAGCAGUGUCCUGCUGAAUUGCCUGCAUUGCACAGUAGCAAACUUGCCUGUGUCGAGAGUUCCCCAGUUCCAAGCACCCUGCAGGGAGUGCAAAGCUUCUGUUUCACCUGUUCUGGCAUGGACACGUGUGCAGGAUGUGAGACAUUUGAGUGGGGGAUCUGUGAUAUGCAGGGUGUAUUUAAUAGGGGGGAUCUGUGAUGUGCAGGGUGCAUUUAACAGCACCCUAGAGUCUGUUUUUUUUUUAUAUGUAGAUCUUAUCAGGAAAUCCAGAAAGUGUGCUGGAAGAAUGAUCUGAAAUCUUAAAUACACUGGAGAUGCUAGUCCAGGAUUUUGAGAACUUGAAAGGACUUUCAUGAAACCUCUUCUUGAAAAUUAGUUUGAGUUUAAUAUGCUUUCCAGUAGGACACCUCUGCUCCACAAGCAAUUGCCAGGCCAACCUUUCCAAGAAUACUCACAGUUUAAAUCAAGACUAGGUUGUCUUUUCUGUGUCUAUUAACCCACUAUAACUUUGUUUUAAAGAGCAUUUAAGAUGUAGAAUAAUGGUCUACAAUAUUUAUGGCUUACAUUGCACUUAAUUUAAAAAUAGAUUUUAGGAACUUUGUCUUUCUAAAGAAGAAAUGUUCUUCUAAGUGAGUAGUAAGGGAGGAUUUGUUUUGUCUGCUUCUGUGAUAACAGUUAAUAUUCAGCUACAGUUUUAACAACAUUGGAUUUUUGAUGUUGUUGAAAUAUACGUAGGUCUGUGUUACUUCAAGACUUGUCUGAACUAUGUAUAUGUUUCAGGUAGGAGUUCUUAAACUUUUUAAAGUAGCACCUACUUUCAAGUACUUUGUAAAACCAGCAGUUGUAUCUUUAUUUGCAUUUGUGUAGCAAAACAAAAAGUAAACUGCCAGAAGUAAUACCGAAGCGACGCAUUUCCGCGGCAACUAACAACGUGCGUGCUUGGCUUCGCCCACCCAAACCUUCUGUAAAACGAUGAUAAUUUAAGUACUUUAAACCAUUGUGGAGGCUUAAAUGUCAACGAAAUAAAGGAGUUGCUGAUAAUUA